GUAUUGGCUGAAAGGCCCGAAGGUCGGUACUAAGGAAGUCGUAAUGGACAACAUGAUCGGUUACCCUGACAACAUCCGCCGUAGUGACCACGGCACGUUCCUGGUCGGCAUAACGACGACACGUUUCCGGAAGCUCACGCCUCCUUUCCUGGACCUGAUCGCCCCGUAUCCGGCCGCCAAACGCUUCCUGGCAAAGGUGAUUCCUCUGAGCUGGUACAACCUCCUGCUGCCGCGCUACGCUCUGGUCCUGGAGCUGGGAUCGGACGGCGAGAUCGUGGGAACGCUGCACGACCCCGAAGGCCGCCUGACGUGGGCCGUCAGCGACGUCUUCCAGCACCGAGGGAGGACCUACCUGGGCAGCACCGAGCUGCCGUUCCUGCCCGUCCUGGAGUGAAGGCGGAGCUGAUGGCGGACAACCAGCGCUGAAUGUAGGCGGAUUCUUUUAUUUUUGACACCAUCGAGCAGCUACGAGGACAUUCGUUGUGAUUCAGGAUUUUUAAGGUUUUUAGUCGGCGUUCACCUCCAGAGCGCCACGGGGAUGUUGGAUCGAACCUGGUUUAAAGUCCAGAGGUGAACUUAGAGACUCAUAAAGAUGUUUUUAGAAGAAAACUUUAAUCUAAAACUACUGGCAUAAAACUAACAAACGUUUUAGUGCAGUUAUGUGUCCCAAACAUUUACUUUUUUACAUUUACGUCUAGAUCGGCCUUCUGCGUUUUUUGUCAGUUUCGUGGCCGCCGUAGUUUAGUCGAGUCCAAUGGCACUAAAUCCUAAACACUGGUCCUUUAACAACCUUUAAAUAUGAUAUUUGUAAAAUUGAUGCAUUAGAGGGCUUUUUAAAUACAGGCAGACUAAUUAAACUAGUUAAGAGUAUUAGGAAAAGGAAUUAAAGUCAUAUUUAGAGAAUAAAGUUGUUUUUAUUUGAAAUUACAACUUCAUGUUUUUAUUAGUUUAUAAUCAUCUGAACAUAAGAAUCGAUGUUUGUUUGCUUAGAUUGAGACGUUUUUAUCUACUGAGUCCGCCGUGUUUCUACAUUAUAACACUUUAGUCGACUUUUUUUUCGUAACAUUGAAACUUUUUAGUUGAACAAUUUAGAUUUUCUUUUCCCGCCCUCAGUGUGGCUCCGAUACUCCGUCACAGCGAGAUCACAUCAAUCAGCACAACUCUCUGAGAUAUUUAGAGAAUUUAUUUGGACAAAAACACACAAGCCUAAAAUACAUCAUCAUCAUCAUCAUCAUCAUCAUCAUCAUCAAAAACUACUCUGAAAAUAAAACGACGGGUUCCAAAAACAAAAAGACAUCCUAACAGGUUGGAAAGUGCAUCAGUGAACGGAAACGAGGUGAUCGGCUUCGAGAGGGAAACUAAUCACAGCGUGUUUGUUGACUUUAGAGCUCGGUGUUCUCACGUCGAACAGAGGAAGAACGAGCUGUACGAGCGAACAGAAAACCAACGAUUCACAAUUAACCAGUUUCUUCGGAAAGACAAUAACUCACGAGCAAAAUUAAAAAAAGAUUUGACAACAGACGUCAUGCAGACGUAGCAGAGAGACUUUCUGAAUGUCACCUUGUUUAAUAUUUCAACUCUCUGAAUCAGGUCUUCAGUUGGAUGUUAAUAAUAAUACUAUAAUUAAUUUAACACUGACUGUAGAAACAUAAAGGCAGGGCCACAAAAAGAAUUAAAGACAUUAUGUUUAGUUCCCUUAAAGUAUGAAGGAGGUCGCAUUGAAACAUCAAAUAUAGAUUAUUUCUCUAUUUCAAACGUUACUGGUCAAAUUAAACUUUUAUUUGGCCUUUUAAAGUUCUCACAUCCAACCCAGAAAACUAAAAACAACUGAUAUAAAACUUGAUUUCUUUUUUUGGCAAGAUUUAUCUUCCGUCUUUCUGAACUUCCUUCCUCACGUUAGGAACCAGUGGCUCAGUCAAAUCCCUCAAACAUGAAAUAAUUAUUCAAAUACUCGACUCCAACCUACAAAUUCAUGUUUUCAAAUGAACUCGGUAUGAAAUGUGCAACACGUGACGGAUUAAAAUCAAAAAGAUGACAAAGAAUUUACAAAACAUAAGAAGAAAAGAUGAAAAGUGAUAGUGAGAUUUGUGAAUGAAAAAGGUGCUUUAACGCUCAGUCGAGACACUGAAUAUACGUAUGAAUGUAUGAAUUCUGUUUUCAGUCAAAAGUUGUUUUAUUAAACUGUUUUCUGUUGA